CAAAAAAUAUUCAAGCUCGCAUAGAAACCAUAGUAAAGAUGCUUCUCAAGUGGCUGCUGUUCAGCCUGUGCAUAAUGCCGGCAAUGUUCAGCAAUACAAGAAGGAAAUGCCCCAUGGAAUGCCAGUGUGGCAUGGAUGAUUUGGAUCGUUAUCAGGCCAUUUGCACCAAAGGCGGCCUAAACUCUUUACCCUCACGCAAUGACCUGGAUAUCGACGUGGAGGUUAUCAUAAUACGUGGACCAAGGAAUUCAAUUACCAUCGGACCGGCAAUGCGACAGUUUAUGAAAUUAAAGGUUCUACGCAUAACCGAUUCCAAUCUGCCAGCAAUUGGCUCUGAAUCGUUUUGGGGUUUAAAAUAUCUACGCAUAUUAGACCUGUCGAAGAAUAAUAUAACAAACAUUACGGAGAAUAAUUUUCGCGGCCAGGAUAAUCUACAUGAAUUGGAUUUGUCAAAAAAUAAAAUUUUACGCAUGGCCAGCUCAACAUUUCGUCAUUUGACGGAUCUGCGUCGUCUUAAUUUGGCCGAUAAUUCAAUUGUGGAGCUGGUCCAAAGGAAUUUAUUCAUGCUGAGCAAACUCAAGUAUCUAGAUUUAAGCGGAAAUCCUUUGCAGGAUUUACAGCCGGAUGUAUUUCGCGAUGUUACGGAACUGAAAGUACUCAAAUGUCGCAAUUGCCAGUUGAAAAAAAUCAAUCCGCAAUUGUACAAUUUAUUGCCGCUUUUAAGCGAAUUGGAUUUGGGACGCAAUGAGUUCAAAUUCCUUGACAAGGAUGAAUUUCGGGAUGUGAAGCGUCUUACAAAAGUUUUACUCGAUGGCAAUCAAUUGUCUGUGGUCGUCGACCAACUCUUUCGCAUGCAGAAAAGUCUUAAUCACUUGGAUUUAUCGUACAAUCGUUUGGCCAAAGUGCCCAAUGAUUCGUUUUUACAAUUGACCAAUUUAACAUUUUUGGACUUAUCCUAUAACAAAUUAGUCCGUCUGGAGCCGCAAUCUGUGCGUAGUUUAAGCAAUUUACUAACAUUAAACAUAAGUGGCAAUGUACUGAUGGAUCUACUGGAGAUGCGUGAAACUUUUGAGGUUAUACCACAACUCACACAUUUGGCCAUUGCGGAUAUGGGAAAAUUGCCAAUUGGCCUGCUAACUCCUUUCAAACAAUUACGAUAUUUGAAUAUCUCGGGCAACUCAUUGGACAAUAUGGCAUUGCAAGUUAUCGAUCCGUGUCGUGAGCUAGAGUUUUUGGAUCUAUCACGAAAUCAAUUACAUGGCAUCAAUGAGGAUACAGCAAUGCGUAUCCAAGGCAUUCGAAAUGUGCGACUCGAUAACAAUCCUUUAAUAUGCGAUGAAUGUCACAUGGGGAAAUUAAUAAACGUUGUGCGACAACUGCAAUGGAAAUGGGAUACAUAUCCAAUUUGCUUUCUACCCAAUAGUUUAAGAGGUGCUGAAAUAAAUAAUUUGGAUAUUGGCGGCCUACACUCGUGUCUGGAUUAUAUCACUGAUGAGGAACAGAAUGCUGCCAGCACUUCGUAUAACUUUCUUGAACAUGGUGGUCUUAAUACUCUGGCCAUUUUGGGUGGCAUCAUCUUUGUACUAAUUGCCGUCAUUAUUCUGUCGCUGGUGGCUUGCUUCUCAAAAAAUCGUGCUCGUUAUUAUACCAGAGAAGAUCAUUUAAGUGGCAGCGAUAGCAAAUGUUUGGAAAAGAACUUAGAGGCAGCCACAAUUACAACUCUGGGGAAUGGCAACUCACAAACAACUACAACCACACUGACAUUGGCCACAACGCCCACAAAUGGAAGUGGAACUGCAACUGGAGCAGUACUUUCUAGUGGAACUGAGGCAACAAAUGGCACAUCAAAUGGCCACAGCUUGAGUCUCAGUCCAUCUAAUGCAGGUACUCAGCCAGGUAGCCAGAUAGCCAAUAGUGAAGAUGCCGGCAAGGAAAUCAACUUUACAUUUCCCAUAGAUGAUCGUGUUUGCACCAUUGACGAAUUGGUCUUGCCGCCAGCUCCACCGCCUCCGGCUGGCGUUCAUCAUCAUCUUCAACACCAGCAACAGUUACUGCACCCCAGCAUGGGAAGUCUUAUGUAUAGCGUUUCUCCUAGCAAUGGUCUAACUGGAACAGCAACAACUUUGGCUGCUGCGGCUGCAGCAGCAACUGUCAUACCACCCGGAGCACCAUCACCGGCUGAGGCUGUGGUUGUGGUAUUGCCACCACCGCCGCCACCACCGGGAGCAUCGUCGUCUCUGUCCACCCAUCAGAUGGAUGGCAGUCUGGCCAGUUUGCGCGAGGUGCAACAGCAGCUAGUGCAUCUGAGUAGCACUCUGGAGCCAUUGGUCAGCGUUAACUGACCCAAGGGCUUAACGGGAACAGCAGCAGGAGCGGGCUCAGCAGCCUCAGUUUCGGCCUCAGUGACCGCAGUAGCUGCAUCAGCAACAUCAGCUGCUUCGGUGGGUAAGUUUGCCAAGCAAACAGUAAGUACGACACCGACAUAAGCCGCAGGAGAGUUGCAGCUGUUGAGUCCCGGACAGACUGGAGACUGGAUUCUGAAUUGGUUGGAGCUGGGGCAGGUGUAAUUAAUCACAAUGCGGUAGCCUAGUUUUCUGGGUUCAAAUUGAAGUGCAGUAAUUAGGACUUGAGUUUGUAUGUAAUUAAGUUCAUUAAUCACGAAAAUGAAUCGAGAAUUUCGUUAGUUAAACUACCUAAGGGAAACUAUUAAUAAUUUCCUUUAGAAUUUUAGUAACAUUUCCUUUCAACUAUCAAACAAUUUUGGUCAUCCAACUUAAACUGCCAUUUUUUACAA